AGCUGCAUGUCGCCGGUUGUUGUCGUAAGAAUAGCUGUCACUUUAGCUCUAGCUAUCUGCUGGUACUAGUCUGCUCCGCACUAUAGCCUUUUUCCACUUUUUUUCCGCUCAUGAUGAACAUCGACGGAGAGAGCAGUGUGCUUUGAGGUGGAUGUACUGAGACGAUUUUAACGACGAUUGCGGCGGAAACGGUGACCCGAGCAGCUUGGACGGCGGCAAGGCGGAACUGAUUUGUCGAGGGGGACUACGCCGGGAAAGGCAGGUCAGGAGGUGGACAUAGCUGUUGGCGCAGACGCCCACGGUUCCCCGUUGAGGAUUCGCAACAGGUGCCCGGGAUUGGUACAAAAUAGGGGACACCCAUCCCACUUUACAUCACGCGCAUUUAUCCUCUUCCUCCUCCCGUAUAUUAGUCCCUGCUCCCAACACCCUUCCUCAUCCCUCUUUCCCUCUCACUUCCAUCAUGACUGCCAACGAGAAACCACCCUCGCCCCCGCUGAAGGAACACGAAGCCGUCCCCACGCAUCCCAUCGCCCCUAGGGUCAAGCACGGCGUCAAUAUACCCCAUGUCGGCCCCCAUAUCCAUGCAUACAGAGAUGUUCAUUCCGAAACAGUAGGCCAUGAGUCGGACACGUGGUGGUCAAAGAUGGCGCGAGAGGCUCUCCACUGGGACCGCCCCUUCCACGCUGUUCGAUCAGGCGGAUUCGUAAACGGAGACAUCGUCUGGUUCCCCGAAGGUGCCCUGAACGCAUCAUACAACUGUGUCGAUCGCUGGGCGUUCAAGCACCCAGACAAGACCGCUAUCAUCUAUGAAGGAGAUGAACCAAAUGAAGGCUGUAACGUCACUUACGCUGAGCUGCUUCGCGAAGUAUGCAGAGUAGCCAACGUCCUCAGAUCUUUCGGUGUAAAGAAGGGCGAUACCGUAUCUAUAUACCUCCCAAUGCACUGGCAAGCCGUCGCCGCCUUCCUCGCAUGCGCACGUAUCGGUGCAGUCCACUCUGUCGUGUUCGCAGGUUUCUCGGCCGAAUCUUUACGUGACCGUAUCAACGAUUGCAAAUCUCGCGUUCUUAUCACUUCCGAUGAGGGAAGACGAGGCGGGAAGACAAUUGCGACCAAGGCUAUAGCGGAUGCGGCGUUGCAGCAGUCGAAUAUCGUGGAGCAUGUACUUGUGUUAAAGCGGACUGGGAGUCAGGUCCCUUGGACGGCUGGAAGAGAUAAGUGGUGGCAUGAAGAAACGGAAAAGGUCCCGAACUAUUGCCCAAUUGAGAUCAUGUCCGCCGAGGACCCUCUCUUCAUCCUUUACACGUCCGGUUCCACCGGAAAGCCCAAGGGUGUCGUUCACACCACUGGAGGAUACCUCCUUUGCGCGGCACUCACCGUAAAGUAUGUGUUCGACGUGCAUCCCGAAGACAAGUUCGCAUGUAUGGCCGACAUUGGCUGGAUUACGGGUCAUACGUACAUUGUUUACGGACCUCUCCUCAACGGCGUUUCUACUGUUGUUUUCGAAUCUACGCCAGUAUACCCAACCCCCUCGCGGUACUGGCAAACCGUCGAGAAGCAUCAACUCACCCAAUUCUACUCCGCCCCUACUGCUAUCCGUCUCCUUCGUCGACUCGGCGAACAUCACGUCAAAGAUCACGACCUAUCCUCACUCCGAGUUUUGGGUUCGGUUGGAGAGCCAAUUAACCCAGAGGCGUGGCAUUGGUAUAACGACCAUGUGGGCAAAAGGGAAUGUGCGAUUGUGGACACGUUCUGGCAGACGGAGACAGGCAGUAUCGUCGUCACGCCCUUCCCUGGUGCCAUCGAGACGAAACCCGGAAGUGCGACUGUGCCGUUCUUUGGAAUCGAGACAGCGAUCUUGGAUCCUCAAACUGGCAAGGAACUGGAAGGCAACAACGUCGAAGGUGUCCUCGUGAUCAAGCACCCCUGGCCAUCUAUUGCUCGCACGAUCUACCAGGACCAUAAGCGGUACCUGGACACUUACAUGAAGCCUUACCCAGGUUUCUUCUAUACUGGCGAUGGAGCUGCUCGUGACGAACAUGGAUACAUUUGGAUCAAGGGACGUGUCGAUGAUGUCAUCAACGUCUCUGGUCACCGUCUCUCAACUGCUGAGAUCGAAUCCGCCCUUAUCCUCCACAAGGGCGUGGCUGAGACAGCCGUUAUCGGUACGGCUGAUGAGUUAACUGGUCAAGCUGUCUACGCCUUCGUCACUUUGAAGCCUGAAUUCACGUACGACCGGAACGAUGAAGCCGCGCUUGCCAAGGAACUUACUCUUCAAGUUCGUAAGGUCAUCGGACCCUUCGCUGCCCCCAAGAAAGUGUACAUCGUGCCUGAUUUGCCCAAGACGAGAUCUGGCAAGAUCAUGCGUCGUAUCAUGCGUAAGAUCGUUGCGGGCGAAGGCGACCAGCUUGGAGACCUCAGUACACUUGGUGAUCCUUCCAUCGUGGAAAUCAUCAAGGACAAGGUUGCGGGCAACAGUUCGAGCUAAGCUCUUUCCACCUCUGCUAUCCUUCCCCCUCUCUCCUAUUCCCGCGUCUUCGACUUGGUGUCCUUAUCCUUUCCGCAUCUCGUUUUGGACGGUUGACUCUUGCUUGGGUAUGGAGUGCUGUUGGUUGACGUCAGAAGUAAAAGAAAUCAAAAGUCUUUGUUAGCGUUUUUUUGUAUAUGUAUUUUGGUUUCUUCUCUGGGCGUUUUCGAAGACUAAAGCCGACAAGUAGUAUCCUCCCUUUUUGUGUGUCUUUCUGCGUUCGUUAUAUCUCUGACGUGUAUCUAGUGUAUGUUCGAUUUAGGUUUUACUAUCUUACGUCUUACGGGUC